AUGUGUGUUUCUGUGCAGUGGGAACCAGUGCCGUAUUUCAACAACAAAAUCAUCUGUGAUCUGGUGGAGGCCAAGCACCAGGGGAUCAUCUCUCUGCUGGAUGAGGAAUGCUUGCGUCCAGGAGAAGCCACAGACCUCACGUUCCUAGAAAAGAUGGAGGAAGAGAUCGGAGACCACCCUCACUUCGUCACACACAAACUGGCCAAUCCCAAGACCAGAAAGACCCUGGAACGAGGAGACUUCAGACUCCUGCACUACGCUGGAGAGGUCACCUACUGUGUCGUAGGAUUCUUGGACAAAAAUAAUGACCUGUUGUAUCGCACUGGAAAAGAGGUCAUGCGUCAGUCCUCCAAUGCCGUUAUCAAGCUCUGUUUCCCUGACACUGAACCCGACACCAAAAGGAGACCAGAGACGGUUGUGACCCAGUUUAAAGUCAGUCUGGUGGGUCUGACUGAGAUCCUCAUGUCCAAAGAGCCCUGGUACGUCCGCUGCAUCAAACCCAACGAAUCCAAACAACCAGGCCGCUUUGAUGACGUGCUGGUGCGACAUCAGGUCAAAUACCUGGGUCUGAUGGAACAUCUGAGGGUGAGGAGGGCGGGGUUCGCCUAUCGACGCAAAUUCGAGAUCUUCCUUCAGAGAUACAAGGCGCUGUGUCCUGAGACGUGGCCGAACUGGAGGGGGUCAGCGGGGGAGGGGGUGCGGCGCCUCGUCAGACACCUGGGAUACACUCCUGACGACUACAAGAUGGGCAGGUGA